AUGGGCCGAGGAGCCAAGAAUAAGCAGCCAUGGAAAAACGAUGGUCAAGACUGGGGACACUUGUGGCGUGGGGCAUGGUCGCCGCAACUACGGGCGGAGCAGCAGAGUCGUCCAUGGCGACAGCAGUCUGCACAGGCACCGGCUUUCCCUUCGUAUACGACGAUGCCCCAGCCUACCAGGGAGCAGCGACAUCAGACGAGUACAACGGAACAGGCCGCUCCACAGUUUGGUCGCGCUCAGGGCCUUCAAGGGCUGUUGAAUACGGCCCGCAAGGCGGAAGUGAAGCUUCAGAAGCUCUUAGCAGCCAAAGACAAGGCAGCAGAACAGUGGACGACUUUCCAGAAAGGCCUGGAGGAGUCCUUCCUACGAGAGAGGGCGCGGUACUCCAAGGACGUCGCCCGCCGAGACAGGGACAUCGACGAGGCGACCUCGGAGCAGACCAAGUCCUACGAGGCCAUCCAGAACGCCUUCAUGCGCAGGAACGAUGCCCCGGAUGUUGCCAUGGAGCAGGCAGAGGCGGAAGAGGAGUGGGCACGCCUUCGCUCAGGCUGGGAACAAGAGGAGGGCUCCACCCUGGAGAGGGUCCUCCAGACUGCUCUUGCUGCCCCGCGCGCUUCGGCUCCGGAAGUACUCAGGCAGCUGAGCCCAGAGAUUCAGCGUAUGCUCAUCUCCUUUGGCUCUUCCAUGGCGACUGCGAGUAUGACACCGGGCAACUUGCCUACAGCUGCAGAGCAUCCACAGCCUUCUACGGCGGGGGUUGUGCUGCCCACUACUGCGAGUACGGCGCCUACCCCCUCCUUGGUGGUACACAAAGAGGCCCCUCAGGCCUCUUUUAUGCAUCCCUGUCCGAGCCAGAAAGUCGAGCUGGCCGCUUCGCCUUCCCACCCAGGUCAGCGCGUGCCAUCUGCGGCAAGGGUCCCGACUACAGUGGAAGCUCCCAGACAAGACGUCAAAUCGGCCACGAAGCAUGGACCGGAGGUUGGUCAGCUUCAUGUACCGCUGGCAGACAAGCUGGCUGUGAGAAGGGCGAUGGACCCAGCUCACCCACUCCUUCCUUUUGGGGGGGCGGGCAAUCGCCAUCCGGUGCAGCCUCAUGCGACGCCUGCUCCGGAUGGAGUGCCGGCUGGAGUUCCGACAGUGUCGUUGGACGAGGAAGCCCGCGAGGCAUCGGGCAUGGAAGACGAGGAGUUUCAGGACGGAAUACAGAGGUUCCUCAGAGCGGAAGGAGUGUGCUGCCUGGUGGAGCUGAGGGACUCGUCGACGGCAGCACCUUCGGGUGCAUUGCGGUUGGCAGUGUACCAGUACUCCGUAUGGUUUCCCUCUGUGCUCAGCCUUGCGGGUUCUUCCUUUGCCUUCCUCGAGGCCCUUGAUGGCUUCCCGAUCCAGGAUGCUGAUGAAUUACCCUUUUGCGAAAGACUCCCCCUUUCGGUCUUUGGGGUCUACCUCGCUGGAGCUCCUCUGUCGGGCGGGGACAUGGCUUGUCUCGGUCCUGACGGCGGUCCGCUCCUCUCUUCCUCGCGGAGCCAUUGGUCUCAUUGGGCUUUUGAGAUCCAAUGCUUCCCCUCGCAGCUCGGGUCGCAGGCCCAUCAGAAGGUAUUUCUUCCAUACCCCGAAGAAGAAGGUGUGGCACGCCAGCAUUUGUUUAUCUGGCUUUUUCUUUUGGAGCAUGGUGCGCCCAACAUCCGUAUCGGUGGCUCAGGGACGGAGGCCCAUGUUGCACACAGGUCUAGGCGCUUCUCCCCUGGGCAGGUCUUUGCGGCUCCGCCAGGUCUUAUCACAGCACUUGCCUCUGCUGAACGCAUCAUUGCAGGCUUGCCAGAGCCCCUCGCGCCCUUGGUCGGAGAUAAUGGGAUUCGGGUCGGCACUCGUGAAGACACCUCCGACCAUACCUACCUCCCUCCAAUUGAUGUUGACACAGUGCAGCUACCCCUGCCUCGGGGACAAGUUGUCGAUUCGCAGCCACGGGAGUGGCUAGGUACUGCGCAGUUCAUCGCCUAUCCCAAAUGCCUAGAUCAUCUUGGAAAAAAGGCGAUUAUCCUGGACAUGUCCAGGGCACAUGGACAUUACUUCGCCGACAUUCUGCCGAGCCCCUGUGAGUGGGAGCUCCUGUGCCGUCAUGUAACGGACAUUGCGGAUGGUGAACCCGCUGGACUGUGCUUCUGGGCAGGGCCGCAAUGCGUCAGGGUGAACCCGGGUGACACUAUCGACCUUGAACAUGGGGAUACAGUUGUUGUGCUGCCUGCUGGGUACACCCCAGAGCCACCGCUUUCCAUUGCCUCAUUGUUCGUUGAAGGCGCCCUGUGGACGAUGCUGCACCAGGUCUCCACCGAUGGCUUUUCGCCUGGCUUGGCCGCCCACUUUUUGGGAUCGGUUCACCCAUUUGCAGCCAGGCACCUGGAUGGCACCAAUGUGUCCGUGAGACUUAGCCAGCUUCUUGGAGUCUCGGAACAGGACAUGUAUCUCCGUACAAUUGCGGGACUCUCCGACCUUGACGUUCAGGGAGAGCCUUGUCACUGCUUGAUUCUUGCAGCCUCUCUCGAUGCCUUCCAGGCUUCUUUUGGCACACUGCCUUUUGCUGUGGUGCUUGAUGCCAGGCCUAUCGGUGGGGGUCUGCAAGUCAGAUAUACGACAUCCUCCACUUUUGGAGCGUCGCAGCUUGCUGCAUGUCUUUGCGUGCCAGAGUCAUUUGCACAAAACCUGAAUUGCAAGGUUAUCACGGCUGCCGAGCCUGCCUCCUUGGCCUGUUGUCUGGUUGAGGUUACUUGGCGUAACUUGGAUGACGCCUCCCGCAUUUCGCCCGAGGGACGGCCUUCUUGGGUGCCCCACAUCGCUUCGGCUAUCGAAGAGGCGAUUAGCUGCGGCGAGCCUUCUGUUGCUCGAGCUAUGCUUGCCCCUACCCCUGCAGCCGAUGACAAUGCGGUCGACUCUGAACUUGACACAACUUCAGAGGUCUCUGAUCAGGCUCCUACAUACGUUGCCAACUUUUUGCUCGUCGCCAGGCAUCACUCCUCACAACGUGUGACUGUACGUUUGCGACGACCAGCUACUACACAGGCGGCUUUGGAUGCCAUCACUCAGGCGACAGAUGAUGAGUUUUAUCGCAGGUUUUCUCAGCUGGUUCCGGCACGCCAACAAGUCUCGCCUCAUUGGGGCCUGAUCUUCGCCCUGCCAGCUUGGGCUCAGAAUGAGCCUCUUUGCGUCAUUGACCUCAGGCCAAUUGAUGAUCGGCUCUUUGUUGCCGAUUUGCCGCGGCAAACUAGUCGUGCCGAGCUCUUGGAUCGUUUUGGGUUCGAGCCAGACUUUCCUUGCGAUGUCUAUGCUUUUGGGUCGGGCCACCCGCUUGCCGACCAUGAGGAUCUUACCCUGGAGUCCUAUGGAGUCAUCUGCUUUUGCAGACCGGCAGCAGCGGUCCCAGAUUCCAUCGACCUCCCCUCCAUGCUUGUCAAUCUGGCACAGUGGAACGAGGAUGCCCCACUGCCUCUGGAAGGUGACAGGAAUCGGGCCCAGCAAGUCUGCCUGGUCCAUGAAAAUGGGUUCCAGAGCUUUACCUUACUGCCUGGUAGACAUGCACAUCAUCAACUGGAUGUUGCUAAUGCUCUGCGCCAGCCCCUUCACUGGUCGACCAUACAGUGUGCAAGGCCCCCAGUCCAUGACGCCGUGCUUGAUGGCAAACUUUGUAAAGGAGUUGUCAGCGUCACUGACAGGAUUCCUAAUGUUCCUGUCCCACCUCGUAGGCUGGGUCCUAAUGUUUUUACCAUCAUUAUGGACUGCCGGCCUAUCCUUAUGGGCUUCGAACAAUGGGUUGUCACGGAGCAGGAUUGUUCGCAUACUGAGAUUGUCGAACAUUAUGAGCUUUGGGCGCCGGCUGAGCAUCAGGUUCAGGUAGAGGGUGCCUUCCUCGAAGGGGAUCAACUUCUUGUGGUACCGGGCCAGGUUCUCCUUGUUCAGUUUGUUCCGGAGUCUCCGCCACCUGAGGCCCAGGCGGACAACUCAGCGGCCAGUGUUGGCCAGAUGGAUGCAGACAGUGACGCACACUCGGAGGACCGCUCGGAUCCACCCCGCACCAUCGGCAGAGAGCCGAGGAGCAGAUCCCGUGAUCGAGUUACCACGCAUCGUGCAUCUGAUGCGGAGCAGAACCGCUUGGCAGCCCUUCUCUCCACCAAGUGUGCAUUCUUGUUUCCGGCACCAGAGGCCCUUGAUUCUUGCCUCCAUGUGGUACAUGAUUUUCGUGCACCCGGCUGUUUCUCCUCUCUUUCCUUCCCGCUCAAAUCAGUUGUUCUAAUGCGCAAGCGAGACAACUCCAGGCAUAGAGCGCGCAAUCUUGCCCGUACUGGGACAGCACCGCUCGAUGUAGCGUGGGCCUCACGUUUGCGGCCGGAUAUGGCUCAUGCCUCGUCAACCGGAGGCACACAGGAAGCGGCAACCGACAGGCUUGCGCGAGCCCUACAGGAGGAUCCGGGCAUGCCAGGUGGUCGGCCGCCCCAGCUGACUCAGCCCGUCCCGCAAGACGGUCAGGAGGCUCUACAAGCGAUGGUGCCUUUUAGAGCCAAUUUUGUUGUCCUCAAUCACGACUACUGGCCCGAGCUUCUGACUGUUCGCCUGACGGCACCAUGUGACCUCGAUGAAGCCCUCACUGCUGUUUCUGAGGCCAGGCUCCGUGCAGACAGGCAGAUCUUCCCGCAGCUAGUUCCGGUGCAUCCCCAAAUUUGCCCAGGAUAUGCCCUCCUUGUGGCCUUGCCGGUCUGGCGCACCCCUGGUUGCUUAGUGGUCUUGGAUACCAGCAGGCUCAAUGGUCGCACUUUCUUCACAGCGCUUGUCGCAGAAACGACGAAUCUUGCUUCUCUUUUUGAGACUGCACAAAUUGAGCGGACCCAACACAUUCUGGUUUACAUCGGGGAUAUGCCUUGGCCCCUCGCACCAGAUGUUGAGGUGCAAUUGCAGACUGGUGACCUUGUGCUCUUUGCCCCAGUUGACCAUCCGGUGCUUGUGCUCACAAGUUUGGCAGACAUGCUGCUCUCUGCGCAAGGAUGGGUCUUAACACCGGAUGUGCCAGGCAUUCAUGGCCAACACAUGUGGGUUUUGACCCACUCAGUGCCUUUCCGACAUUCGGUUCAAGCAGACCGCUCCCGACAGGUCAGGACUGACAUCGCAAGACAUUUGGGUUGCGCCCCUGACAGCAUGCGGUUGCUGGUAGCUAGGCCCCAUAUCCGUGACCAUGCUGCAGGGGGACUUCUUACCAAUGUUGUUGUUCUGGCCCUGGAGCAUCGUGCGGGACCAAGCAAUCAGCCACAGCAACCUGUUUGCUUUCUUGAUUUGCGGGCACUCAUGUAUGGGAUUACCUGGCAGUUCGCCAGUACGGGAUUCCUUUCACAAAGAUCCCUGCUCCGUCAUAUCCGUUCACUCUCCCCGCCAGGAUGGAGCAUUGCCCUCUUUGAGGGGGACAGACGUAUUGACCCAGUUGUUGAUCGUGUCCCUGUCGCCGAUGGCACAGUCCUGGUCGCGCGACUUUUUGCUGCACCAGUUGGGGGUUUGUCUCCCAGAGUUCCCCCGGAUCCCGAGGAAGAAGAUGAUGUUCCCCGUCCGGGCUCUAGAUCCCCUCCAGCGGCUGUUGCAGCUUUGGAUGCACGAGGCGGGGCCCCAUUGGCCCUCCAUGCUUCAGAUGCUCAGGCAGGCGGCGGGGGACACGGAGCACCAGCCGGCGCAAUUCCGGACACAGGACGGCAAGCUUAUGCCCGCGUUUCUUCCGGGUCCCGGGCCUUUCGCCCUUCGAAACAAGGACCUGUCCUUCGAGGCAUGUUUGUAGCCUGUCUAGGCGUCUUUGGGUCCCUACCUGGUAUGAAAGCCAUGCAGCUCUCUUCGCCUUCCCUUUCUUUUGAAGAACGGCUUCCCUCUGAUGUGUCCUCCAUCAGUGAUGGCGGCCCUUUUCCAGGGAUUGCUGCAGCAGAUCAUGCCUCCGCUAGAGUAGUCAAGUGUGCCUUUGGUCAUUCAGACGACGCCCUUACACCGGGGCCCCAGAGGGACACCCCUGUCCUCGCGGAUGCUAUCUGCCCAACCAGCAUUGACCGCCCUCAGGGGCAGCUCACAGCCAAGGAGGCCUCAGGCUUGCAACCACGGCCCCUCCCUACACCUUGUCGGGCGCCUGAGCGCGCCAGGGUCGGCGAGGCCAAUGAGCCAUAUCAUCCCGGGGAAGUAACCAGCGGGACCGAUCAGGCCCCUUUCCAAUCGCAUUUGGGGCCUACCCUGCUGGAGGUCUCUGUCUCUCAGCCUGGCUUCACAGGGUUUUUCGAAGCAUGCACCCUCGUUGAGGUCCUAGUCGACCAUUUUGGACACGGCUACCGGAGAGAUCCAGAGGUCACUGAUAUUCCCAGUCCUUCUUCCCAACGCCCUCUCAUUUCUUUAUCAGAAUCGAUUCCUCUCUCUGCAUUCCAGCGCCAAUGUUUGGAUUUGCGGUCCGUUGUGCCGGUGCCGACGGUUGGCACAUUGGAAGUUGCCAAUGAUUGGCUUGACAACGAUUUAUCGGCACUAAUUGUUGACACGCAAGUUCCGACUUCACUCAGAGAGGCCUUCUCCCAGAUUCAGCUUUGGCACACUUGCUGCACUCCAGAUGCUGCCAUCAGCAAUCUCCACAUUUACACAGAUGGCUCAGCCGCCGUUGCUACACAUGACAUUUCGCCAGCAUCCUGGGUCUUCGGUGUCUGGUGUGAGAUGCCAUCCGGAUUGUUUUACUAUGGCGGGGCCUCGGGAUGUGCCGUCCCUCCUGACACUCCGUACCAUGUUGGAGAGACGACGGAUACGCCAGUGCAGGCCGAACUGCUGGCUCUUAUCUGGGCUCUUGCAUGGACGGUACAGUAUGCUCCGGCCCUUAGCCAAUCGCUGUGUUUUCACUACGAUGCCACCAGUGUUGGUCUUGGGGUGUUUGGGGAACAUAGGGCCGUAGACUGUGAGGCGCUGUCAGAGGUCCCGGCUCUUUCCGUCUUUGCCGGUCACUUGAGGCAGUAUGCAGACCAGCUUUCAAAUGUCUCCCACGCCCACAUCAAGAGUCAUACAGGUUGUGUGCCCAAUGAGCUCGUUGACCAGCAGGCCAAGUGUGCCAGACGAGCUCCUGAUUCCAUUUGGGAGCGCUGCCUGCCGCAAUGGCUUGCCAGACUUACUAGGCAUCCUCUGGCCGCCUGGACUUGGAUGCUGGCUUCUACCUCACACGAUCUGCCAGCCCUAUUUGCCAUGGAAAGCGAAUCCUAUAGGCUUCAAAGCUCCCCGCACCUGCCAAAGGUUUUCCACAGGUAUGGGCAGCGGGAGGUUCGUACAGAGGCAGGUCUGGUCCGAGUUGAGAUCAUUGCGAUCUCUUACAAUGCCCUGACGCUCAAAGACAAGCGCGGCAGGGGCCAGCCGACUGCUGAGGCGGUUGGUCUCCGCAUUGCGGGCCGGCGCGCGGUCCUAAUGCGAGAGCUCGAAAAGUACACUCCUUUGCUGGUCGGGAUACAGGAAACACGGCUGCCUGAGACGGCGGUGUUACCCGACUGUCACUACAUUAUGCUCCAGGCGGGGGCCACAGAACAGGGGGUCGGGGGUUGUGCCCUUUGGAUUGCGAGACACCGGCCUUACGGCUUCCAUCAGGGUAAGCCCCUCUUCUUCCGGGAGGUUCAUGCGACCGUGACCGGGUACUCCCACAGACACCUUCAUGUGUGCCUGGAAGCGCCUUUUUUGCGGUUGUUCGUGUCUGUAUUGCACGGCCCUUCGCUUGCCAAUCAUACCGAGACCGAAGUUGCUGCCUUUUGGAGGGAUCGCCUCUGCGAGAUUCAACGCAGGCCACCAGGUAUGGACUACCUUCUUCUGGUUGACUCCAACGCCCGUUUAGGGGAUCUGGUUUCUGCGGCUAUCGGUUCGCAUCAAGCGGAACCCGAAACUCUCGCGGGAGCUUUGUUCCAUGACUUCGUCCUGGCAUUGGAUGGCUUCCUCCCAGCUACCUUUUCGGACUUCCAGUCCGGACCCGGCACGACAUGGUGCGGGACCAAUGGCAGCCUUCACCGUAUUGACUAUGUUGUGCUUCCACAGUCGUGGCGCUCUUUUGAGAUUCAGACCCGCACACUCCUGGGCUUUGAGGCCCUUCAGACUAAGGAUGAUCAUACGCCAGUGUAUGUUGCUGCCCACUUUGGCCGCAGGCUGAAGGCAGACCGCUAUUUUCAACCGUUCAAGGCAGCGUCUCGGCCACAACCCGCACCUGCUGGCGAGCCGCGAUCGAAACAGUUGGCCGCUCUCCGAGAGCUCCGCACGGCAUCUUGGACAGAGGAUGUUGAUGCUCAAUACGACCACUUUGUCCGUACGUGGUCUGUUGCUGGUGCUUGCCUAGAUGAUGCUCCGGCAAGACAGCUGACGCAGCCUCACAUCAGCCCUGAUUCCCUUGCCCUUAUCGACACCUGCAGAGCCCUGAGGGCGUACCUGCGUCGGGAAGCCCGCGAACGUGAACACAGGCUCAAGAUUAUUGCCUUUGCUUCAUUUGUUCUGCUUUGGAACGGCGCCACAUUUUCCCCGCAGGGUGCGGCGGCUGCGGACCAGUGGCUAUGGCAGAUGGACUGGAGCGAGGCUCGCGCGGUUGCCCUUCUGAAGUACUUUGUUGCAGCCUCCCGUCGGGCGGUCCGAACGGACAGGACCACCUAUUUGCAGGGGCUCGUUACUCUUGUCUGCGAAAGCCAGAUUAGUGAUCCGAAGGCCCUGUAUCGGGCCGUGCGAAAGGCGUUCCCUUCCGCGCGUUCCGCACGACGGAGUUCCUUUACGCCCCUUCCUUCGCUCAUCCUUCCUUCAAAAGGGGUUUUGGCUGUUACUCAGGAAGAGAAAACAGAAGGAUGGCGACAGCACUUCAGUGCCCAAGAGGCAGGGGAGCCCAUGGACUCCGUCGGCUACCUCGCUACACUUCAGGACCGCCUCAGCCGUGAUGUCGUGCCCUUCGACAUCAAUGAUGUGCCCAGCCUCUUUGAGAUAGAGCAAAUCAUUAUGGGUCUCAAGAAGGCCAAAGCCCCAGGCCCAGAUGGUAUCACGAGUGACCUUCUCCGGCUCUGGCCGGUUCACUCUGCCAGACAUUUGUUUCCGAUCCUGGUCAAGUCGUCAAUCUCGGUCUGUGAGCCCCUGGCCUUCAGGGGAGGAUCGCUCCACUGUUUAGCCAAGAAAGCCGGUGCGGCACUUAGGUGCCAGCAGUUUCGUUCUAUCCUCCUUGCUUCCACUCCGGGCAAGAUUCUCCACAGAGCCACCCGUAACCGCCUGAUCCCGCUCCUUCAGGCACACGGCAGUCCCACUCAGGCUGGGACUGUGCCCGGAGUGGGCAUCGAAGCGAUCUCUCUCUUGGUGCGCACUUUCCAAGCUAGCCGCCACCAUAGUGCUGGACUUUGGUCUUGGAUCUUUUACGAUCUACAGGCGGCCUUUUACAGAGUUGUUCGCGAGACACUCUUCACCACUGAGGCUUCUGACACAGAGCUUUGCCGGCUCAUUCACAGGCUGGGCUUGCCUCCGUCCGCCAUGGAGGAGUUGACUCGGCAACUCCGUACGCUUGCCAUCUUGCCGGACUUUGGAGCGAGUGAGCACCUUGCCGCUGUUGUAAAUGACAUGCUGCAGGCGACUUGGUUCACCAUAGGAUUUAAUGAUGUCGUCACGCUCACGCGCAAAGGCUCCAGACCGGGUGAUCCGGCUGCCGACGUCAUCUUCUCCUUGGUUUUUGCGGCCUUUGUCAAGUCGGUGGAGGCCCGCCUCAAGGACCUAGAUCUCCUACCAGAGGCCGCGGUCAAAGGGCCCACCCACCCAUGGGCGUCCGUUGUCGGUACCACAGGCCUUGGCCUUCCUUCGUGGGCGGACGAUUUCGUGUCACCCAUUGCCGGACGAGGUCCGCGACAAUUGCUUGAGUCUUCUCAACAGACGGCGCGGGUAGUUCAGGAAGUUGCAACGGCGAUCGGGAUGAGGCUUACUUACGCCGCGGACAAGACGGCGGCCCUCUUUCCUUGUGGUGUGGAUUGGUUGCAGCAUGGAGCUAAGGUUGAUCCUGAGCUUGGCGUUGGUUUUGUUGUGGCUGAUAGGCUUUCCGGGGAGUCGCACCAUGUUCCCAUUGUUGAGGCCUACAAGCACUUGGGCCACAUUCUGACGUCCUCCACCAGACCACAGCCUGACAUACAGCUCAGGGCUCAGAGUGUUAUCAAGCCACUCAAGUCUAAGCUUUUUGGCAACAAGGCUGUGCCCUUGCGCACCCGGGUGCUCCUGUUAAGGUCGCUUGCUGUGUCGAGGUUUGUACAUUCCAGCGCUGCGGUUAUCCUUACGGCGGCGACACAUGAAAAAUUAUGGGACCGAGCAUUUCUUGAUCUCUGGCGUCCCUUGCUGCCUCGCACUUCGGCGGACAAGCAAGCACAUUCCUUUGAAGUGCUCCGGGUCGCGGAGGCGCCGUCUCCGCCACUGGCUUUAGCACAGGCACGUGCCAACUUUCUUCGGCAGCUCACCAGGCACGGCCCGGCCGUUCUCCGGUUUCAACUUUGGCAGCACUGGCUUGCCCACCCCAAGAGCUCAUGGCUUCAACAGAUUGAGGCGGACAUUGACCUUGUCCUCCAAUACCGGCCGGACUUGGCCCCGCUCUUCUCUGUUUCCUCCCGUGUGGCCACGCUCCUUGAUGCGCUGCAAGAAGAACCCGGCUGGUGGCUUAGUCAGGUCAAGAAGGCAUGCAAGGUCUUCCAGCGCGAUCUCGCAGCCUGGCACCAGCAGGGCUGCCCUUCCGUUGCAGUGCCGCAGGAGGACACGGACCAGACGGGGUCGGCGAGACCCCACCAGUGUCCACUCUGCUCCGCCUGCUUCCUACUUCGGAAGCACCUGGGUGCCCACAUGGCCAAGGCCCACAAGACCUGGAGCCCCACUCGGCACUACACUUUGGAUGUGUAUUGCCACGCCUGCCAUGUCUGGUAUGGCACAGCUUCCCAGGUUAACUUUCACCUCAAGCGCUACCCCGCCUGCUUACGCAGAGUCAGCCUGCUCUUUCCACCCCUUACCACUCCCCAGAUCCGUUCCGUGGAAUUUGAGGAACAAAAAUUGGCACGACGUGUCCGGCAAGGACAGUGGGCCAGCUACAAGGGAGUGAGGCAGCGCUCCAUCUUUUUCGGUCCUCGCACCCCUACGGCUUCAGAGCGCAUGGAGGGAGUAGACUAUUUUGAUGAGAGUUGUGCCCUCUCGGAUCUGCGUAAGGUGUUCCAGCCAGACCCCGCAGACCUAGAAUGGAUAGAGCAGUAUAUUGCGGAGCGCUCCUCAGAAGGACCCCGGCAAUCGUCUGGGGCCUUCUGGCGAAACAGGGCCUUUCAUUGUUUCACCGCGAAUUCGUAA